UUGUCUAACAUUUUUGUUGUGUACACUUCCAAAAAUUCCGAAGGUUUCUUAUUUAUUGUAAGAAAAAUUUCUUACAAAUUACAGAAAGUCCAUAUGAUCGACGUAUAUAUGAAUGAGGUACUGCGUGUAGGAGUAGCCCAGAUAUGUCAAAACGUUGGCUAUGAUGCAACGAAAACUGUUGCUUUAGAGCUGUUGCAGGGUAUUUUGGAUAAGUUUCUGAAAAAACUCACCAGGGACCUGAGACAUCUCGUAGAACAUUAUAAUCGUACAGAAGCAAAUUUAAAUGACAUGGCUUUGAUUUUGCCAAACUCUGGCGUCAACCUCGACGAAUUAACGGAGUACGUUACCAAUGUUGAGCCAAUUCCAUUUGCAUUUGAAGUGCCGAAGUUUCCUCGAAGUAAAGCCGCAGGUGUAGGUUUCAAGAAACCGAGCAACAAAAAAGUCUUGUCAGGUCCCAUUUAUGUAAACAAGCAUUUGCUCGAAAAACUAUUACAAGAUUAUGAAAAACCAUUAAUAAAUCCUUUAGCGGCCAGUUCUAAUAACGAUUCCAGUUUAACUAAUGUCACUGACACUAGUGGUGAAAAUAGUUUUGAUCUCAGUUUAAAUGAUUGCAGUUCAGUUUCGGAUAAUGUACCCAGCUUAGGUGCUUUCAAACAAUAA